GAAACACACACAGAUACACAGAAAGCGGGAGAGGUAUUUAAAACUUUUUGAGAUCUGUCACAGGCUUUGUCAUCCCGAAAAUCGUGGUGUUUGUCGCACGGUUAAUCACUGUCCUGACAGAAGAUUUUGCGCAGGUCUUUUUUUACUAUAACAGCCGAAGGAAACGUUACCGUGAACUCCCUAAGAAAGUUUUCCUCAUCAUUACAGAAGAUUCACUGAGUGUGUGUGGACCAUUCAAGAAGACACCCCGCUGCUUCUGUUUCUGCCACGUCUGGCUUCAGGACUGCGUUCUCUUCCAGCCAUGCGGCUAACAGCACACAUGCACCCCUCCGCCAUCCUGUUUUUGACCCUCAGCAGCUUGGCCUCUGCAGGUCCAUUGUCUCGGAGCCCUUGUGAACUUUUGCCAGUUGGGGUGGGUCACCCGGUUCAGGCCAUGUUAAAGAGUUUUACUGCCCUAUCAGGCUGUGCUAGCCGAGGAACCACCAGUCUUCCUCAAGAGGUGCACAUCAUCAACCUACGAAAAGGCAAUGCACAAGGAGCCAGAGAGAAACCAGCAGAGGUGGCGUUACGUCUGCGGCCCAUCCAGUCCUUGCAAAUGCACCAAAAACCACUGGUCUUUGUGCUGAACUCCCCUCAGCCCAUCCUCUGGAAGCUUCGGACAGAGAAACUGGUCUCAGGAGUUAAACGCAUCUUCCAUGUUGCAGAGGGAUCUGAUGUGCAUUUUGAGGCAGGAAAUUUCUCUGAGUCAUGUGAGGUGAAGAUGGAAAACCUUCCUCAUGGCAAUGAACACCUGCUUUCCUGGGCCCAUCAACGCUACCGUGCUGUUACCUCUUUCAGCGAGCUCAAGAUGACCCAUGAAAUCUACAUCAAGGUUGGAGAGGACCCCGUCUUCUCCGAGACCUGUAAGAUUGAUAACAAGUUCCUUUCUCUGAACUACCUGGCCAGCUACGUCCAGCCCCAGCCAUCCACAGGGUGUGUUCUCUCAGGUCCUGAUCAUGACCAGGAGGUCCACAUCAUUGAACUCCAGGCACCAAACUCCAGCAGUAGUGCAUUCCAAGUGGAUGUGAUCGUGGAUUUAAGGCCGCUGGAUGGUGACGCCCCACUCCAUCGUGACAUUGUGUUGCUUCUGAAAUGUGAGAAGUCGGUGAAUUGGGUAAUCAAAGCCCACAGCAUCAAAGGCAAACUGGACAUUGUGACGUCAGAUACCGUCGGCCUGAGUGAUGACACUGAAAGACUGAUGCAGGUAUCAAAGACGGUCAAACAGAAGUUGCCCGCCGGACCUCAGGCUCUGAUCCAAUGGGCAGAAGAAAAAGGGUUCAACCCCGUCACUUCCUACACCAACACCCCUGUCGCCAACCACUUCAAACUGCGCCUCAGAGAACAAGAUCUAGGGCACAUUGAGGAGGGAACGUUCCCACCUGAGCUGUCCAUUCUCCGCAAUAUCAACCCAAAGCCCAGUGCCCGAGAUUCCCCUGCACGGACUGGGUUCCAGUUCCCCUUUCUGCGGUCCAAGGAGCAGGGCCUGUCAUUUUCACACCCAACGCCAUCUCUUGAGGAUGAGGCCAGGGGUCUCGAGGAGCAUCAGGGAUCUCCAAAUGUAGGAUUCAGCGUGCAGUGUGAGAAGAACAAAAUGGUGGUCAGCAUUGACAAGGAAACUCUGCUGGCCAAUGGGUUUGGAAAACCCAAUAUCACUCUCCAAGACUCCCAAUGCAAAGCAACCUCCAACGCCACCCACUAUAUACUGGAGACGCCCCUGUCUGGCUGCCAAACCACCAAAAUCCCCUCCCAUCCCAGCCCAGUGGUCCUCUAUAUCAAUUCAAUUGUUAUUAGCCAAUCGGAACUGAAGGACGGAAGCGGCUGGCCCGUUGAUGAUGAAGAUCUGGAGUCAGGAGAUGUUGUAUUACCAGGAGAUCUGGAUGUGACUGGAAGAAUUUUACCAGAAAGUGGGCCUCGUGCGUCUAUCUUGUUCAACUGCACAUACCGUAAGAACCAGGGCACCCCAGUUGACAGUGAUAUUGGAUCUGAUGAUUUCGUGGUAGAUUCUUUAGACAAUGUUACCUUUAACAUGGAGCUGUAUAACAAUCCCUUCCACUUAACCAUCCCUGAAUCAUUCCUCACCAUCUCCGAGAACAGGCCCAUCUAUGUGGAGAUAUCCGCCACAAAAGCCGACCCUAACCUUGGGUUCAUGAUCCAGACCUGCUUCAUAUCUCCAGAAUCCAAUCCUCUCAUGCCGUCAGACUACGUUGUCAUAGAGAACAUAUGUCCCAAGGACGACUCUGUACUCUAUUACCCUCAGCGAAGCGAUUUCCCCAUCCCUCACGCCCAGAUGGACAAAAAACGCUUCAGUUUCACCUACAGAUCAAAGUUCAAUGUGUCAUUGCUCUUCCUGCACUGUGAGAUGUCCCUCUGCUCCAGAAGAAAUCACCAGGAGAUGAACCUGCUAGAGUGUAUGUUACCGGAUGAAGCCUGCACUUCCCUCAGUUUGGACAACAUCCUACUCAUGAUGAUGAACACCAAAACCAUCACCAAGCCUUUGGUGGUCAUCUCCGACAACACACCUGUCACUGUUAACACACCUGUCACUGUUAAGGUCCUUGAGGAGAAUAUUCCACAACAUCUAGACAUCAUAUAUGUGUUGGACACCCCGACUGUGGUUGGCAUCGCUUUUGCUGCCUUUGUGAUCGGAGCCCUUCUGACGGGUGCUCUCUGGUUCAUCUACUCGCAUACAGGUGGCACAGGAGCAAGGCAGCAGGUGCCAAAGUCCCAGCCGGUGUCUGAGAACAGCAGUGCGGCUCACAGCAUCGGCAGCACACAGAGCACGCCGUGCUCAAGCAGCAGUAACGCAUAGAGCAGCUGGACCCAAUGCUGCUUACAUUGCUAUUUUGCUUUGUAGAACAAUGGAAGAAUACGUGAUUAAGUAGCAUACCUUGAGAACACAAUGCCUAAUUAUUUUCACCAUUUGAACUGAAAUGCUUAGGCUGAAUAUACAACCGUAUGAAAUGAGCUACGUUUAGAGGUGAGGGAAAUAACAAAAAUCAAGAUCCCAGCCGGUUUUUAAAUGUUGCUUUUUUCCCCUGUUGAACCCCACAAGAGAGUGUUGUUUUGCCUUAUAUGGUUGGGAUCAGUGUGAAAAUAACAAAGGCUGUUUACACCAGCCAUUAUUGCAUGAAGGCGGUCCAGAAGAAUAGUUAGUACUCGGCGAGGUUACACAAGGGUUCUGUCUGCUCCUAAACAAUGAUCAGUGCCUUUCCCCAUCGAGCAUACAUAAGAUAUUUGACAAGAGAAUUAUAUUUAAAGAUUUUAAUGGUCGGUUUGUCCAUAUCUGACUUUUAAUACCCAGAUGCCAAUUAAUUCUACAUUAUGGCAUAUAGUUUUCUUUAAGACCAGCCGUCUUCAGGAGUUUUUGGCAUAUUGUAAAAUAAUGUAUAUUCUGUGAAUAUUGUAUGGAAUGCAUAGAGAUUUAAAGUGGAAAUAACUCCAUAAAAAAGGCUUUAACUAAAACCAAAUAUUUAACAAAUGUUUAUACAUUAUUAAGAAGGUAAUUUUAAAAUAUAAAUUAAUUUACACAUGCAUAAGCUCUUUCCCUGAAUUGGCCUUUAAAAGAUAGUUGCAAAAUAAUAAGACGGAGAAUACAACUUAAAUUAUGAUGUUCAUUUUCCCUCUAAUUUUUUUGUUGUUUGAUAGCCACUAUUAAAGUCUUUGUACAGAUAAUAAGCAUUUUAUGAGUAAAAAAAAUGACUUAUAUAUUUUAUAGAAAGUUUUUUUUCAAAAUGCUGGGCAUUAUUAUUCAACAUUAGUAUAAAAGGUAAUGAUUUCAGCAAACAGCAGACUGUUAUAUUUUGAUAUUUCAUCCUUAAAGUACUAAAUCAAAAUGAGUAUUUGUUGAGAAUGAUUUAAACGGUCUCUUCGCAAAAGAUGUACAUAAUCUGAGGCCAAAGAAUGGGCAUUUACUUUCCAGUCUUUUUGGGUUACAGCAGAAUCUGCGGUCAAUAUGUUAAGGUACUAACCUACCACUAAAGUCAACACAAAAUCAACUUUUCUUAACAACAAAUAACAAAAAAAAAAAUCAAUCAUUAUUAUUAUUUCUGCUGUGUAUGUGAAGUUAUAAUUUUGGGAUUGUUUUAGAACAUCCAUACAGAUGCACUUGUGAAGUGCAAGAAAUGUAUAGAUGCAAAGCCAGAGAAAUCCCACCGUCAAAACUUUACAUGAAUGUCAAUAGAUUAUAAGUGCCUUUACCUUGAGUAUAUGCUUAAUUUCAGAGAUAAAAUGAGGCAAGAAGGGAAGUGGUGUUUGCUUUGCUUUAAGCACAGUAUAUACCCUCUGAUGUGAAAAUCUGCCAAACCUGUGCAUCUAGUUGUUUGUUUGGUUGGUUGUUUUUAGUAUCUAAUGUUGCUUUUUUUUUUUUUUUUUUUUUUUGGUUCGUGUUGCUUUUUACAGACUGUACUCAUAGAAUGUACUUCAUUUCAAACCUUAGUUUCAUUGUAAACAUGUAUAAAUGUCUCAUGUAAGAGAAAAGAGAGUAAGAAUUUAACCAUUUAUUUGUGUAUAGUUGUAUUUUUCCAGAGAUAUAUAGAUAUAUGUAGAGCCACCCUAUAAUUCUAUCUGCAUACUGUGAAUUUUUGUGGGCAUAUUUCUAUAAGUUUUUGUGUGUUUUCUCUAAAUCUAAACAUAGUCCAUAAUGCUGAAGUGAGCUGCAUUCACUUAUAUUCUCCUGACAUAGUCAUAUAAAAUAAGAUUUUAUUAUAUAUAUAUAUAUAUAUAUAUAUUUUUUUUUUAUAUGAGAACACUAUAUUAUUUGGAAUACAAAAUAUAUUUUGAUGAGACAAAUGUUUUUAUCUCUCUUUUCAGCUCUUCGCCAUUCUGCGUGUGUUUGGUCACACUAUAGCUCUAUGUAACCAUGUAUGUGGGUUUAAAUGAAUGUGUAUAUGUUUAGUCCUUGUUGUAUUGUGUCUUUUGGGAAUGUUUAAAACAGUGCUGUCAUGUCUAACAGAGUUUGAAUCUCUAUUGGUGUAAUCAAGAGUCAUUAAAUGGCUGUAACAGGGGCCUUUUUUUCAAAAGGUCUUUCUCUCAUUCCAGUAAACACUCUUGUCUUGAGAUAAACUUUUUAUUCUAAAAUGUAAGUUCACACUGCUGUGUUUGACACAGUGGUUUUCCUGUACGUUGAAUUGUCAAAUUGAUUGUGCUGUCUUUCUGUUUAUCUACCUCAUUUGUGUGUGUGUGUGUGUGUAUAAGGUUUCAUUGUCUUGACAAUAUAAAAAAUAUGUUACUGUACAUAUUGUGUGGAUCUUGAUGUGACAUGUUCACAACGUAUCAGUCGGGCUUUCUGACAAAAGAGGAAAGCCUGAAAGAUGUAAAUGUGAACCCAUCAGAAUUAGACUUCAACAUUUUCAGGCUGUCUUGCUCUGAAACUACACACUAUUCGUGAAUAUUUUGUAUUUGUUUGUUUUUUUCUCCAAUGGUAUGUGAAACCUUGUAGUGUUUGUAAAUACAAUGUGGUGUAAAUAUGCAUGCUAUAUGUAUGCUCUGUAUAUAGCAAAUAAAUUCUUGUAAUCUUU